AUGGCGAAAUUAGUGCAUAAUGUCCAGAAGAAGCAGCAUAGGGAGAGAUCUCAGCCUCAGAACCGGUCGAGACUUGGGCUUUUGGAGAAGAAGAAGGACUAUAAGCUGAGAGCCGAGAAUUACCAUAAGAAGCAAAAGGCCCUGAGCUACCUCAAGACCAAGGCUGCCAAUCGCAACGAAGAUGAGUAUUACCAUGCCAUGACGAGCCGUAAGACUGACUCCGAUGGAAUUUUGCAUGCUGAUCGUGGAAACGAGGCCAUGACCAACGAGGAGGUGCUUUUGCUGAAGACUCAAGAUACCAACUACAUCAACGCGAUGCGGACGAGGGAAUUGGCCCAGAUACGAAAGGAUGGUGCCGAUAUCCUGUACAAAGCAAAUGGGAAACAUACGGUGUUUGUGGAGUCGCAAGAGGACAAGGACGCGUUUGAUCCGGCCGAGUUUUUUGGCACUGAUGAAAGACUGUUGGAUAGGAGAGAGAACAGAUUGAGGCUUACUCAGUUAAUAGAAUCGGAAGACAGACUUCAGUCUGCUCCCAACGAUGAAGACGGAAAGCUGCUGAGGCAACGUCAGAAGGCUGAUAAGCUGAAAAAACUACGGGUUCUUGAGAAGAGAAUAGAGAGAGAGCAGAAGCUGAAGAGGGUUCAAGACUCUAUGAACCUCCAGAAGGACCUCAUGAAGAAAGGCGAGAAAAAGAAGGUGGAGACCAAAGAAGGGAGGACAGUGUUCAAAUGGAAGAAUCAGAGAAAGAGAUGA